AUGGCAACCCAAAGAUUAGGCUCAAUCUUUUCCCACCUGUCCUCGACAAAGACAGGAGUCGCUGGAAUCACCCAGAAGAACCCGGACGAUAUUGUCAUCACGCUUGCGAUUCGAACGCCAUUGGCCAAAGGAAAAAAGGGUGGUUUCAAAGACACCGACCUCGAUCACAUUGUAUACUCGCUGCUGAAGCAGGUUCUUGAGAAGAGCAAGAUUGAUCCUGCGUUGAUCGAGGACGUUUGUCUUGGGAAUGUCGGCGACUCUCGAGCUGCAUACAAGGUCCGCGCGGCCUCGCUGGCUGCUGGAAUCCCUCACACCGCAGGUGCCAGCAGCGUCAACCGAUUCUGUUCCUCGGGCCUGAAAGCCGUCCAAGAUAUUGCCAACCAGAUUUCCUUGGGUAGCAUCGACAUCGGCAUCGCAUUGGGUGGUGAAAGCAUGUCGAACAACGGGGACCGAGAUCUGCCCUUCUCUCCGUCGCUGCUGGCCAACCAAGAGGCUGCCGAUUGCCUGCAACCCAUGAUUCAAACGAGCGAGAACGUCGGCAGCGACUUCAACAUCUCAAGACGUACACAAGACGAGUACGCCUGUGAAUCUUUCCGACGCGCCGAGGUCGCCCAGAAGGCCGGUUGGUUUGACGACGAGAUCGUACCCAUCACCACCACCAUCAAAGACCCCAAGACCGGCCAGGUUACCGAAAUCACCCUCACCAAGGAUGAGGGCCCGAGAUACGGAACCACCGUUGAGGCUUUGGGCAAGAUCAGACCUGCCCUGCCCCAGUUUGGAGAUAAGACCACCGGUGGCAACGCCAGUCAGGUCACUGACGGAGCCGCUGCUAUCUUGUUGAUGAAGCGCUCCAAGGCUAUCGAGCUCGGUCAGCCCAUCAUGGCCAAGUUCUGCGGUGCCACGGUCGCCGGCGUGCCUCCCAGGAUCAUGGGCAUUGGACCCAGCGCCGCGAUUCCCAAGCUCUUGAGCAAAUUCCAGUUGACCAAGGAGGAUAUUGACAUUUUCGAAAUCAACGAGGCUUUCGCCUCCAUGGCCGUAUACUGCCUGAAUGUGUUGGGUCUCGACCACGCCAAGUUAAACCCCAGAGGCGGUGCCAUCGCCCUCGGACACCCCCUGGGUGCAACCGGUGCCCGGCAGAUUUGCACUAUCCUCAGCGAGGCACGGAGGACGAAGAAGAAGAUUCUCGUCACCAGCAUGUGUAUUGGUACCGGCCAGGGUAUGGCUGGAUUGUUUGUCAAUGAGCAGGUCUAG